UACAUCAGUUAAAAGUUGCCCCUCCAAGUGACAGUUGAGCUGCUUAAUUGUACAGUGUGGAAGUGUGUGUACAUAAAAGAGUAAUAUUUUUAUGAAAAGUGCAUCAAUUUUAAUAAAACAAAAUGGAAAAUACUUCUAAAGAUACUGAUAAAAUAACCGUGAGUUACACGAGAAGAGAAAUUUUUGACUUACUUAAAGGGAAAUUUAGUGAUGAUUUAGACGCUCAGAUUAACACGAUUGAAAAUCAUGCAAAUGAAAAUUCUGACGGUGACAAUUUAAAGUUUCAUAAGGAUGAAGUAGCUAAUUUGAAAAAAUUACUAUCGAAAAUAAAAUCCAGGUGGUCAGAAUCACAUUUUGUCAUUAAAGCCUUUUUCAAUAAAAAUAAUGAUUGGUUAAAUAAUACAGUUAGUAUUGUGUGCACUCGUGUCAUUCGGACUGAUGCAACUAAAUCAAAUAAAAGCGGCCGACCAUCUACAAGUUUUGAGGAUUCCAGUGAUCGGACUAAACGACGAAAGACAACUAAAAUCCGCGAAGAUUUUAGUAAGGAAGAGUUGGCUUAUGCUACCCAAAUGAGUUUAAGAUCAUCUGGAGCUGUAGAUGCUGCUGCUAUUUUAAAAGAAGUUAUAACACAAUCACCGGCAAGAGCAUCAAAAUAUAGAACGGCGUACAAAUCAUCUUUAACAUCUGCCCCAAUUGAAAUGACUGGCGACGAAGCACUUGUCGACAUUGUUGGAGCAAAACUCACGAAACAAAAUUAUUUAGAUAUAAGAAGUUCGUUGCGUCGUAAAAACUUCAAUGCAUAUCCAUCUUAUAGAAAAAUUGUAGAAGCAAAAGCUCGAUGUUAUCCACAAGAUAUUACAGUUUCAGAGAUUUCAGCUGAAGUAAAAUUGCAAUCCUUGUUAAAUCACACAUGUGAUCGAAUUUUAAUGGUACAAACGGAUGUCAUAAAUUCAUUGGACGUUGAAGUAGUUAAAAAUCUGAGAUUAAUUUGUAAGUGGGGUUGCGAUGGUAGCUCAGGCCAAAGUGAGUACAAGCAAAAAUUUACGAGUGAUGACAGUUCAGAUUCGCAUAUGUUUUUGACAUCGUUAGUACCGCUGCAAAUUUUAGGUUUCGACGAAAAUUUAAAAAAAAAUGUUGUUAUUUGGAAAAAUCCAAAACCAUCGUCAACACGCUUUUGUAGGCCUAUACAUAUUCAAUUUAUAAAAGAAACCGUAGAAUCAACAUUAAGUGAAAAGCAGAACAUUGACAAUCAAAUUGCUUCUCUCCAACCUUUUAAUACAGUAAUUAAUGGACAGGAAAUUAAGAUUAAUUUUAAAAUGUAUUUUACGAUGAUUGACAUGAAAGUUUGUAAUGCCGUAACAAACACAACAUCAGCAAUGCGCUGUUAUUUAUGUAAGGCAACAUCUUCGCAAUUUAACGAUAUAAAUGCAAUGAAAACAAAAGAAAUUGAUGAAUCUGCUCUUGGUUUUGGCCUGUCUACCUUGCAUGCGUGGAUGCGCUGUAUGGAAUUUUUUUUACAUGUGGGUUACAAAAUGCAAACUAAAACAUGGCAGGCACGCAAAUCUGACAAAAUUAUUAUCGAGGAACGAAAACGGGUAAUUCAAGGAGCUUUCAAAAAUCAGCUUGAGUUAAUUAUUGAUACACCGAAAGUAGGGUCAGGCAAUUCGAAUGACGGAAAUACUGCUAGACGUUUCUUUGAAAAUUAUGAUGUAUCUGCUAGAAUUUUAGGAGUCGAUUCGGAUUUAAUGAAACGGGUUUAUGUAAUUUUACAAGUAAUGUCAAGUGGUUUCGCCGUUAAUGUGAAUGCUUUUCAACAAUACUCGUUUGAAACAGCUGAAAUUUGUGUAUCGUUAUAUCCGUGGUACUGUAUGUCGACAACAGUUCACAAAGUAUUUAUUCAUGGCGCUGUAAUUAUUGACUGGUCUCCGCUUCCAAUUGGCCAAAUGUCUGAAGAUGCACAAGAAGCUCGAAAUAAAGAUAUCAGAAAUUACAGAGAACAUUUUGCCAGAAAAUCAUCAAGAACAACAACCAUGCAAGAUGUUUUUAACCGUCUUCUUGUAAUUUCUGAUCCCUUUAUUUCGAGUAAAGAAAAAAAACAUCCUAAGAGCAGAAAACAGCUAUCUGUCGAAGUAACUCAACUGUUAAUAGGAACAGAAAAUGAAGGAAGAUUGUAUGGCUUACGUAAUUAUGAGAACUCCUCCACCGACGAGUCGACAGACAUGGAGGAUGACUAACCAAAAAU